GGUUAUUGCCGUUUCUCGUUCUUACUAUUAAAAGGAGAUUGCUUUCUGGUAUUUAGUUCUUCACCCACCCCAAUCUCUCUUUUCAAAUGUAUCAUUGAUCAUGCCAUCUUCGUGGCCAUUGCCCACAAUGACCCUUUUACUCGCAUUCUACUUGGUCGUUUUGCUUGUUUUGAUCUCGUCGGCGUCGUCGACGGAGGCGGCCGAUGUGAUAGAAGAACCAACUGUCAAGAGGUCAGACUUCCCAAAUGAUUUCUUGUUUGGAGUUGCCACUGCUGCUCAGCAGAUCGAAGGAUCUGCAGCAGGAGGUAAGGGACCAAGCGUGUGGGAUCAGUAUGCUGCCACUCCAGGCAACAUCGAUGAUAGGAGUAAUUCAUUGGUUGCUAUAGACUCAUAUAAUCGUUACAAGGCGAAUGUAAGAAUCUUGAAGGAACUCGGGGUAAACACGUACCGGUUCUCCAUCUCCUGGAGCAGAAUUCUUCCUCGAGGAUCAGUCAGUGGUGGUAUAAACCAACAGGGUAUUGAUUAUUACAACAAUUUGAUAAAUGAACUGGUAGCGUCCGGCAUCAGACCUUUUGUCACAUUGAUGCACAAUGACUGCCCUCAAGCCUUGCAGGACAAGUAUGCCGGAUUCUUGAGCCGUUCCAUAUUGAACGAUUUUAGGGACUACUGCGAGAUCUGCUUCAGGACAUAUGGAGAUAGGGUAAAGAACUGGAUUACCAUGAAUGAGCCACUAGUUGCAGCGCUCUUUGGGCAUGACCUUGGAGUAGCUGCACCAGGUCGGUGUUCACAUUGUCGAGCCGGUAACUCUUCUACAGAGCCUUACAUUGUGAGCCACAUUCAUUUGCUUGCACAUGCAACUGCUGUUAACCUCUACAGAGAAAAAUUUAAGGCUGACCAAAAAGGAGAAAUUGGAAUUACCCUAGUGGGAAAAAAUUGUGUGCCAUACUCUGAUAGCUUAGAUGACAAAGCUGCAUCAGAAAGAGCUAUCGACUUUGCUUUGGGUUGGUUCAUUGAUCCUUUGGUGAAUGGAGAUUAUCCAAGCACAAUGAGAAGCUUGGUGAAAGACAGAUUACCCACUUUCACUGCAGAGGAGAAGCAGCUGAUGAAGGGGUCUUUCGACUUCAUCGGUAUCAAUUACUAUUCAUCGACCUAUGCUCAAAACGUCCCAGAAGACGAACGCAAAGUGCCAACUAGCUACUCUACCGACUCAUUCGUGAAGGAAUCUGCAACCAAGAACGGCAUACCAAUUGGUGCAAAGGCUGAAGGGAUUGCGUGGAUAUAUAGGUAUCCAGAUGGUCUGGUGCAAAUUUUGGACUAUAUAAAGCGGAAGUACCAAAACCCAAAGAUCUACAUUACUGAGAACGGUGUCACUGAAGCAAAGGUAGAGGGCCGUCCACUGGCCAGUGCACUGAAUGAUCCUCACAGGAUUGAUUGCUUGAAGCAGCAUCUCGCACGUCUCCUUAUAGCGAUGAAGAACGGGGUGAAUGUGCGAGGAUACAUUCACUGGUCACUCGCUGACAACUGGGAAUGGGCGUCGGGCUUUGUACCGAGGUUUGGGCUCUACUACACUGACUAUAAGGACAACCUCAAACGCAUUCCUAAAGCAUCUGCCAAGUGGUACAAGGCUUUUCUCCAAGAUAACCAAUGACCAACCUUAACUGGCUGCUCUCAACUGUUGUCACCUUAGUCUGAAUAUUCUGUUUUUAUCUUCUUAUCAUAUAGCGAGCUGUACUACUGUUUAUCAGAGUGAUAUCCUCUUUGGAAGUACACGUUACCUUGAGGAUUGUCAUUUGUCAGACUAGUACUAUAAUAAUUUGAAGAGUUUCAAUAAUUCACCAUUGCCACUGUAACUGAUUGCCCUCAUGGAGUCUGAAUGUAUAAUGUGGCAUUGGGACUGCACAGA